AUGUUUAAACAUGCUGGCACUUCAGAAAAUAAAGCAUUAAUUGAAGUCAAUAUCCAUCAACUCAAUAUUAAUAUAUCUGUUCCAAAUUGUGAAGUUAUGAUUGUGUUUCAAAGAGGAGACAGAAAAGCUUAAACAUAACCAGUCUCAUUGAUUAACAAGUGUGCCAAAAUAGAACAAAUCCUAAGAAUUCCUGCAACUCUCUAUUAUGAUGUCAAAUAAAAAGAAUACUAAAAGAAAAUGGGUACCUUAAUUAUUCUCAUCAAAUAUGAAAAGGGAAUGAAAAAUGCAGGUCAAAUUGAAAUUGAUUUCUCAUCAUACUUAAAUUAAAAAAAAGGAAAAAUAGAUGAAAUCUCUCCACUUGCUAAAUGUCCUGAUUCAAAUGCAACUCUUUCAUAUACUAUCAACUUCUUGAAUUAAGAUUAAAGAUCCAAAACUCCUGAAGCCAAUAUUAAUAAUAGUAUUCAAAUCUCUAAAUACAGUUAGGGAAGAUCAAUCCAAAGCUUAAAUUGCAUAAUUAGAUUUACAAAAUAAACACUUGAAAGAAGAAAAUAUUAGAUUAUAAGAAGAAGUUGAUCAAUUUAGAACUUAAAAUAAAUAAUAAUAGAUAUAAAUAUAAUAACUAUUAAAAUAAGAAGCAUUACUUAAAUAAAAUUACUCUAAAUCCAAUUAAGAAACACCAACAGCAUAACCUGAAGAUUGUUAGAAAUGUUAUGAAUUUUAAUUAGAAUUAGGUAUUUAUUAUAUUCUCUAUAUUGAAGAAUUAUUAAAAAAAUAAAAAAACAAUAAGUAACUUCCUUGUGAUAAAUGUAUAAAUUUAGAAUAAUAAAUUGAAUAACUCAAAAAGCAAUAUUCUCAAGGAUAAAAGAAAGAAGCUUUGGAUUAAUAAGUUUAAUUAUUAAAUUAAGCUAAUACUAAUUUAAAAGAAUAAUUAUAUGAACUUGAAUAAUAAGCUAUUAAAAUUAGAAAAGAAAAUCAGGAUCUUAAAAACAAAUUAAAUAUUUAAAAUUAAUAAUUAAUAGAUUGCAGAGAGAGAAUAUAAGAAUUAGAAAAUGAUGAUGAAGAUGAUAAACGUAUUCUAGAAUAUCAAAAAUUAAUUGAAAAAUCAAAUGAUGAUCUUAUAGAAAUCUAAUAAAAAUUAUUUUCAUUUAAAACUGAAUGUGAUUAGCUAUAAAAAGAAAAAAAUGAAUAUGAAUAAUAAUUAGGAAUUUUGUCUAAAAAAUAUGAUUCAUUAGGUAAUAUUUUAUUAAAUUAUUUAGAAUUAUAACUAUUUUAAUAAAAAUAAAGAUAUGCAAAUGCUAUGCAUGCAUUUCUAAGCUUAGGAGAUACAAAUGCAAUUGAAGUACUUGAAUAGUUUAGUGGAGAUUGA